UUCCACGAUACUUAGCGGAAGAGUUCAUGUAUAUAAAUAUUCAACUCACAUCUUGGAAAUACUCAGGCCAUUCUGAUGUUUCUUUCUCCCUGUCCUGGCUCCUAGUACUUGUCGCACUUGAAACCUUCUGCCUUUUUGAUGCUCCUUUGGUGGAGCCUGCAGAACGCUUCAUACUCGCAAGAGCCAGUGAUACAACGUUGAACUACAAAUCAAAAUUGUUCAAGUCUGCCUCCUAGUCACGAGCUGAGAGAGUAAGACAAGUUUCUAUCACGGCGCGUCCCUAAACGCGUGACAUCACAAAUUGCCUGUUGUAUUUGUCACGCUCAGAUUCUCCCAGUCACGCCUGCUUUUCUAGCACCAAGUUUGAAAUGUCCGCUAUACCGCACACUCUCCGAGUCGUUCCAAGGAUUUCUAUAAAGCCGGGAAGUAAAGUUCUCCCGCCACCGCUCACAAACCAGAAUGAGCGUGCAUUCAAAGAGCCUCUGCUCCGGAUUAUGGCUCGCAGGCAACAAGAAGCGGGUGAUAUAUGGCCACCAAAUUUGCGCAUAGAGCCGCAUGUCACGAAGACAGCUAUUGGUAAAGCGCCGAAGGAGAUGCGCGUUCAGCUGAAGAGAUUGUUGAAGGAACGGUGAACACGGCAUGGAUGUAUCAUGUAUAUGCGCAUACCUUUUCCGGCCUGUC